GUCUCUAGAGUUCAUUCUAGGUGUUUCAUCCUUUACUCAUUAGCCAACCACAAUAUAAUAUUCAUACAUCAAACGAGUAUCAAUUACCAAGUUUUUCAUGCUCAAAUAGCAGCCUAACACCGGAUGUUGACACCCGUGCUUACCGUCAUGCAACACACAAAGUCUUGGAAUUGAUCCUCGACGCAAACAAAAUUUCAGACCGGUUCAGGUGCCUCACGGUACCCUUAGCGGUAGGGGGUACCGACUCCACGGUACCAGGGUACCGUCCCACGAUAUGUGGGUCCUGACCGUGUCAACGGUGACACUCAAAUGGAAGGCCUGUCACGGCAACAACAAACCUACGGUCACCUUCAGCAAGGAGAACAUCCUUAAGAUAGGCGACAAAUUUCCUUUCUCCAUUAAAGCUCGUUUUGCCAAGGUUCCUAUUGCUGAAAUUGGGAAAUCUCUGGAGAGGGGAGGUUUUAGAGACGGCUUCAGGGUCAUUUCCAUUAGCAGAUUCCAGGUGGUUAUCAUCCUGAAAUCUGAAUCAGAUUUUAUCCGGCUACUAUCUCGUAAAACUUGGAGAAUCAAUGGCCAACAGCUUUUCCUAUCCAAAUGGGAUCCCCUGUUAGAGGAUAAGCGGGAUAGUCCUUUGGCGCUUGUUUGGGUCACGCUUAAAAACAUUCCUUUCUUCCUUGCGAACAUUCACUCCCUCUUCUCCAUAGUCAAAUCUCUGGGAACUCCCAUCCAAAUGGAUGAGACCACAGCGAGGGGAGGGUAUUUCAACACUGCCAGAGUGUUAGUGGAAAUGGAUGCUUCAAAAACCCAUCAAACUGCAAUUCUGGUACGUACUCCUUCCUGGGAACGUGAUAUUCAUGUCAUAUAUGAUCUCCCCCCCUUCUGUCUGGUAUGUGGACGUUGGGGUCACUGUUGCAAACCCUUAGCAAAGGUCUCCGGAAAAGUCCUCACCGGCGGGGCUGCAAAUGAGAGGCAAGGUGAGGAUAAGAAGGUCACGCCAAAUCCCAACAUGCACUGGGUCCAUGUUCAGCGCAAUGGUAAAACAUCAGCUCAGAAAAAGUUGGUGUCAUGGAACCAACCCACAUGCACUAAAGGCCAAGCUAACAUGGACAAAAAUGGUGCAGACACGCCAGGCCCAUCCAAGAGGGGAUCCCCUCUAGCUCUCAUUUCUCAUAGAAGCCAAUUAAGCCCAAAAUCAAAUGCCUGUUCUGGAGACAAGCCCGUAUUAGAGCAAACCCACUCCAGUCACGGCCUCUCAAGCUCUCCCAAGUUACAAAUCCACAAAGCUACUCUCAUCAGGAGUAAGGGAGCUACUAACGAGCACAACUCACCUUUGGAUUACCUGGCACUCCUUUCCACAGUUGAAGACACAGACCUCUCGGAUACCCCACUUUGCAUCCACUCCGAUGGGGAAGCUACUCAUAACCUCUCUUUUAUUGGUCUUAUGGAACCUUUGCCGGAUGACAAUCAGCUCCAGGAAUAUAAACAGAAGCUAGGCAUGACCCAUGCCUCUUCCCAUCGGAAUAAACAGCUUUGGAUCCUUUGGAAGGAACCAAUCCUCACUCUGAUUCAAACUAUUGAACUCCCCCAAGUCACUCUCUGCCAGUUCAACUCAGCCAUCCUCAAAGGUCCUCUUUGGAUUUCAGCAGUCUAUGGCAGACACACUAGGUCUGAGAGGGCAGCCCUUUGGAACGCCAUUACUUCUUGGACCAAUGACAUGAUCCCCUGGGUCAUUGGUGGUGAUUUUAACUGCAUUCACAGCAUGGACCAACACAAGGGCAGCUGCAAUCCAUGCUAUCAAUCAGUGGAGGACUUCAGAGACUGCAUUGAAGCUAAUAAUCUCCUUUACAUACAACCCUCAGGUGGACAUUUCUCCUGGAGUGGGACACGAAGUAAAGGGAAAGUUUGGCGCAGAUUGAACCACGUUUUCAGCAAUCAGCAAAUGGUGGACAGUGUCAACAACUUACAUCUAUCAAUGUUGAGUAAAGGUGCUUCGGAUCACAGGCCUCUUUUAUUGGAAUUUGCUGUUAAUUCUUAUAAUGGCCCCAAACCUUUUCGUUUCCUGGACAUGUGGGUUUCACACCACACCUUGGAAGGCACAAUCAGGUGUUUUUGGGAGAAUAAUAAAACAUUCAAUGGUAUGUCAGGACUUGGGCAGAAACUCAAAGCACUCAAGUCUAUUCUGACCAAAUGGAGCAAGGAAGAAUUUGGUAAUGAUUUUCAUAACCUUAAGGAGGCUGAGUCCAAUGCUAAGAGAGCUCAGGACUCUUUUGAGGCUAACCCAAACCCAGAAUCCUUGGUUGAGUUUAACAAGGCCAAUGCGGAGCUACUCCUACUCUCCAAAAGAGAAACAGAAUUCUGGCAGCAAAAAUCCAGCAUCAAAUGGUUAAAGGAUGGUGAUGCUAGUACCAAAUUUUUCCAUAAUGUUGUUAAAAACAGGCGUCAAAAACUUCACAUAUCAUCAAUCAAGGAUGAACUUGGGAGGAUAUACGAGGGUAACAACAACAUUGCAUCUCAUGCCAUAACAUACUACACCAACAUAUAUUCUCCAGAGCCAGUAUGUGAUGACAAUCUGUUGUUUUCUUAUAUACCCAACCUCAUUGGAGAAGCGGAUAACAAUAUGAUUUGCACCAUCCCAUUUGAAGAGGAAAUUAGAGGUGCGGUCUGGGACCUCAAUGCCAAUAGCGCACCUGGGCCAGAUGGAUACAAUGGGACUUUUUUCAAAACCUUCUGGCACAUUAUAAGGGAUGAAGUCGUUAGAGCAACUCAGGAAUUUUUCUUGGGACUGCCAAUACCUAAAUCCUAUGGGGCCACUCUCCUCACGCUGAUUCCAAAGGUGGAAAACCCUAAACCCCUAGGAGACUUCAGACCAAUAUCUCUUUCCACAUUCCUCUCUAAAAUCAAUACCAAAAUAUUGGCCAAUAGACUGGGUUGUCUUCUCCAUAAACUCAUCAGUCCUGAACAAAGUGGGUUCCAAGCAGGUAAAGGGGUGGAUGAAAACAUACUCCUCACCCAAGAGAUGAUCCAUUGUCUAGACAAUGCAUCUGGUAAUGCCAACAUUGCUAUCAAGGUGGAUUUUUCCAAGGCUUUUUGACAGAAUCUCCUGGCAGUUUCUUGAGAAAGUUCUCAGCUCCUUUGGCUUCUCUCACCAAUCCAGUAACCUGCUCUUAUCUACUCUUAAGGCAACUUUUUUCUCCAUCCUCAUUAAUGGAUCACCACACGGUUUCCUCAGGAUGAUGAGAGGGGUCAAACAAGGAGACCCCCUCUCCCCCCUCCUUUUCAUUAUUGGAAAUGAAGUCUUAAGUAGGUU